AUGUCGACAACGGCGGCAGACGCGAAUGCCGUCUUCUUCGAAUUGAGCUGGUCCAUCCUUUGUACUAUCUGUAUCGGCAAUGUGUUUUUUGGGCUUCUCGUCUGCAGCAUCACCAACUUCACCCCGCUCGCUGCAGUCCCCAUACUCUCGUCUGCAGCUGGGGCUGUCGCCAACGGCCUUUGUUUCUAUUCCAAUUAUGGAGUCCACCCUGAUAUUAACAGGGCGGUUUCGUCAGUCUUUGCAGACAUGUUUUGGGUGAUGCAAGAAACUGGUCUUCUAUUUUACAGCUACAUCAUCUUAAAACGUGUGCUUCGAGGAGUCCGCUGGCAGGUAUUUGUAACUUGCUUCUGGACGGGUAUCACCGGAAUUCUCGUUACGCGUGUAGUCAUCUCCGUGUUCAGGGUGCGAUCUAUCAUGAGCCAUGACGAAGCGCUGCAACACAUUGUCAACUACCUCCACAUUGCCUACUUUGGGCUAUUGGCUAUUCUGGAAUGCAUUGGUGCUUACUUUCUUAUCACUGUAUUCACGUCUGCCAGGGCCUCGUCCGUGCAAAUCGCCCUCAAUGUCGGUUUCUUUCGAUAUUUGAGCCGAAGUACAGAAGGUAGAGUUGCCAUCCUAGCUCUACAAGGUAUCUUCCGGGCCAUCACACAUUCCAUAAAAACCCCUGGGCAGAGUGCAGAGAACUUGGCAAGUCAACUGGAUCGCUUUGCGUAUGCACUCUUCUGCCUUUUCCCGGUUGUGUUAUACAUCGAUUUGCUUGCCUCCAAGCUCGUUUUUACGGAACAGAAAUAUCCAUCAUCUCAAAGCCAACCUAGAGUGGGAAGCCAACCGCGACAAUUCACAUCAACACAGAAGGAUGAAUUUGCGGGAGGGAGGGGCGAGCACGUGGUCGAGUUUCAUGGGGGUGUCAGCAAAACACACAGGAGUGACUCACAAGAAAACAUUUUCAAAUCACAGGAGCCUUCUAUUGAUCUUGAGGAGUUGGAUGUUAAGGGGAAUGGGAUUAAGAAGACGGUUGAGUUUAGAGUGGUGUAA